CUGAUUUUGUUCUUUCCUUUGCUAUCAGCAUUUCCUGCGUUUGGAAUGUGUAACAGGAAACCUUUCAGCAACACUUGUUCAUUCCCAUGACACGGAAACCCGAGCCACAAUGAAUAUGGCAGUAGCAGGAGAUAUUCUAGCAGUUGGACAAGAUGCGACUUGUCACAUCCUGCGAUUCCAGGAAGGGAAAGAGAAAUCAACAGGGAAUAAACCUGGUAAAAAAGAGGACAAGAGUGAGGCUGAAAUUGCUCUGCAUUCUGGAAAUUCCUCAGUCAAGAAGACAGAAGCCAGGAAACGAAAGACUGGGAAUAAGAUGGCCGGUGAUGCGAGUGGGUGCAUGCAAAACGAGACACCAGAAAUGGUGGUAGAGUCACUUCAUGUCAUACGCACUGACUUCAGCACAGAUGCACUUCAGAAAGCUGUCCGCUUCAACAUGAACAACUCCUUUCUUGUCACCGGGGGCGUGGAUGGCUUCAUUAGGAUUUGGGAGUUCCCAAAUAUGAAGAAACGUUUUGAUUUCCGAGCUCAUGAUGGAGAAGUUGAAGAUGUGGACAUCAGUCCUGACAACAAGAUAGUAACUGUGGGACGAGACUUCAAGUGCUGUGUAUGGAAGAAUGAUCAGUUGGUGACAGAUUUACGCUGGAAUGAGAAUAUGCCUCACAUUUCAGACAAGAUGUACCGUUACCAAGCAUGCAGGUUUGGCAAAGUUGAAGAUGAUAAGGACACUUUCCGUCUCUACACAGUGCAGAUCCCACACAAACGAGAACGUAAACCUCUCCUGUGUUAUAUCAGCAAAUGGGAUGGGAAGAAUUUCUUGCCACUACUCACCAGUGAUUGUGGGAAUGAAGUGAUCUCUGCAAUGUCAAUCAGUGAUUUGGGGACCUUUAUUGGGCUUGGUACUGUGACAGGAUCCGUAGCUAUCUACAUUGCAUUUUCACUCCAGCAAGUUUACUACGUGAAGGAAACACAUGGAAUUGUGGUGACGGACUUGGCCUUUCUGCCCGAUGUGGGUCCAAUGAAGGAGGUGACUAGAAAAAAUGAGGCCGCAUUGCUGAGUGUAGCCGUAGACAGUCGGUGUAAAGUACAUCUGUUGCCACGCAGGCAGAUGUUCCCGAUCUGGGUAGUCUUGCUUCUGUGUGGAUUGAUCAUCGUGCUGACAAUCGUCCUUUUGCAGCAUCUGUUUCCAGGGCUGUUGUAAGCUCCUUUCUCGGGAUGAUGCUGCUACGGUUUACAUCUGAUCUGAGCAAUACUGGGCAGAAAGACAUUCUCAAGUAACCAGCAGCUCUUGUGAGCUUCAACACAAAGUGUCUGUGAAAUUGGGUCAUACACUGUAUGACACCACUAUUCAUAGCUCUGCAUAGCCUGGAGUUGCAAAUCGCUCUGUACAGACCCCUUCAGACUAUGCUCCGGACAGACAGUAUAUCUGAAUUGACAUUAAUUAGAUAUCUGAUGGAUUGCCUCUGACUUCAUUGAUCCUUCCAUCACAAGCUCCCCCUCUGUACUCCUAACUAUUCCUCACGUUUUUCCCAUUGCCCAAUGCUGUCCCCUCCCCCACUCACCCUGCCCUAAUUUUUGAUUUUUUCUGUUCUGUUGAGGAUUUUCUAAAAUGAAUGCUAUUGUCUGUGGUACAGGUGGAUCUGCAGUAGAUGUCCAUGGAAUUUGUUCUGUGAUAUUGCGGUUUGGCAGCUGACAGAAUUUCAUAAGAAUAUUCAGUGAACUCCCUCCCCAUUUACUCAAAAUUAAUCAUGCUCAGCGAUGGUGUUUAAGAGGCUUAAAAAUAUUGAUGUUUAAAAACAUUCACAGCAUUUGCAACUUGAGAGUGUUACCAUGGCAUCUUUUCUCUUGCCCUGCUGUUUCCCCAACAACCUCACACUGAUUAUUUUCCCCUUCUCCCUCACCAUCCAAACUGCUCGAAGGGUAUAAUUGUGAGUGAGAUUAUGAGGCCUCUGGCAUUAGAUGUGAGGAACCUGGGUCUUGGUGCUGGGAUUUAAGAGGGUGAAGUUGUUACAUGAUUUGUGCUCCUUGUUAUCAGUGACUAAUAUGCUCACACAUCAACGUAAAUCCCAGAAAAUAUUUGUUGAACUAAUGUUCUUUAUCAACUCUCUAACCAACAUGAUAUUUUAAUAAGGCAACAUUGUAUGUUUCAGCCUGCCUCAGACUGAAGGCUCUAUCACGGGAUUACAGCAGCUUAAUAUUGUUGGUAAAUAUGUAGAUUAGACCAUCCUUAAAAUAUAGAACCCACCUUCAAACUGAAUCUGGACACCUAUCAUGAGGGAAUUCCUUACUUGAUGACUAUGUGCACUUUCCUACUGUUGCCUGCUGUGAAAGGGCAGGAUCUGAGCAGUACAGCGGAAGCUGUAAAACCAAAGCAAGAUACUGUGGAUGCUGGAAUUCUUAAAUAAUAAUGGCAAGUGCUGGAGAAUCACAGAUCGGAUUCCAUCACUGGAGAGAGAAACCGUUAACAUUUCGAGUCUAAUAUGACUCUUCUUCAUAUGACACUGGAAUGGUUUGUUCAGUUUCUCUGUCCAUAGAUGCUUCAGACCUGCAGAAUUUCUUCAGCACUUCCUGUUUUUAUUAAUGAUUUAGAGGGAGUUUUACUCUAUCUAACCUUGUGCUCUACCUGUCUUGGGAGAUUUUAAUGGGAACAGCAUGGAGUCUGCAGCUAACCUAGUACUAAACCUGCUCUGGGUGUCCAGAUUCAGUUUGAGGGUGGGUUCUGUAGGUUAAGGAUGGUCUAAUCUCCAUAUUCACCAGUAUAGAGGGAAGAAAGACAAAGUGCUGGAGAAAUUGAGUAGGUCUGUCAGUAUUUGCAGGCAGAAAAUACACAGGUAACCUUUCACCUCUGGUGACCCUCUGUCAGAACUGAGCAGUACAUAACCCUGUGCUGGACCUGUCCUGGGAGUGUUGAUGGGCACAAUGUGGAGGGAAGGAGUCUACUUUGUACCUGUCUGGGAGUGUUUGACCAGAACAAUGUAGAGGCUGGUUUACUUUGUAUCUAACCCUGUGCUGGACCUGCCCUGAGAGGAAUUAAUGGCGAAAGUGUAGGGAGCUUUACUCUGUGUCUAACCUUGUGCUGGCCCUGUCCAGUGUUUGAUGGGGCGGUGUUAAAGGAGUUUUAUCUAACCUGUAUUGUACUUGCCUUGGGAAAUGGAGUAAAGUCAACUGUAGGGGGAGCUUCAAACUAUACUGUCCUUCUGUUAGGAAAUGCGUGAUGCUGGCCAUGGAUAACUGACUAGAAAUGUCUCUUUCUCCAGCACUUGUAACCCCAUCCUGAUUAUAACUACUUCAAAAAAAAAUGCAUCAGAAUGUUUGUUUUUAAUGUCCUGGUAUUUGAGAUGUUUUUUUUACAGAACAAGAUGAUGUAAAUUAAAGCAGAACAGACGAA